AUGUGUGAUGCUUUUGUGGGUACCUGGAAACUUAGCUGCAGUGAAAACUUUGAUGGAUACACGAAAGAAGUGGGAGUGGGCUUCGCCACCAGGAAAGUGGCUGGCAUGGCCAAACCCAACUUGAUCAUCAGUGUAAACGGGGAUGUGAUCACCAUUAAAUCGGAAGGCACCUUUAAAAAUACCGAGAUUUCCUUCAAACUGGGCCAGGAAUUUGAUGAAGUUACUGCGGAUGACAGAAACGUAAAGAGCAUCAUAACCUUAGAUGGAGGUGUCCUGGUACAGGUGCAGAAGUGGGACGGAAAAUCUACUACCAUAAAGAGAAAAGAAGUGGAUGAUAAACUGGUGGUGGAUGUGUAUCAUGAAAGGCGUCACUUCUACCAGAAUUUAUGA